AUGAACUCGGACCUAGUCAAAUCCAAGCUAGAUGGAAGCAGUGCCUUCUUCCAAGAAUCAUCAAAUAACAGGGACAAAACCAACGAUACAAUGCCAUCCAUAAAAGACGAUGAUGUCUCCAUUCACAGCACCAGCACAGGCUUUCCGGAUGCUGCCAGCACGUACCAGGCGGAAGACGAGGAAAAAUCGAACCGAGAUGGAUCGAACAUGGUCUAUUUCGUGUUGGUGCUGGCGGCAAUCGUGUUUGGAGUUGCCACUUUCCUCCUUCUAGAUGCCGGAGCAGACCGUGAAUUCAAAUCCGAGUUUAAAAGUUUUGCUCGUGAGACGGCCGACAUUGCCCAAAACAAUGCGGACAAGAUAUUUGGACAGCUCCGGAGUUUGGCCACGGCCAUUACCUCGAUUGCCGUCAACCAAGACGAUGGCAACCAGUUUCCAAAUGUCACGGUGCCACAUUUUGACUUGAGGACCCAAGAAAUAGCCGAUUUGACUGGACUCGAAAUGAUUUGCUUUGUGCCGUUGGUGGAACAAGCCAAUCAGUCGGGGUGGGAAGCUUAUGCUACGGCCAAUAAGGAUUGGAUUCUGGAAGAUUAUGACUAUCGCGAAUGGGAUCCAGCGACCAUUGAGGGAGUCAUGCCGACAGAAAUUUACGAUUGCGAUUUCUGUAAGGAAGAUUCCCGCAGCGGAUUUGUCAAUGACAAUGGGUUUAUGAAUGAGAUUUUGGAAUUGCGACAAUUUCAAUCCGAGAAUAUUAGUGCUCCCAUUGCGCAAUUUGGACCCGCUCCUAUCAAUGGUUCCCUGUCCAUGUUUGAUCUCUAUUCGCAUCCCAUAUUUCGCAAGGAAAUCUUGACGGCUCUGGAAUAUGACUUGCCAGUCAUUUCUGAAGCUACGGACCUUUCCUUUUUGCUGAGUCAUAUCAUGCCGAAUUCUACCUUUCCCGACUCGGCACUCCGCAGUUUCACUUUGGAUCAAGUCAAGGAAGACUUUCAGGAUGAUUCGAGAACAAUUGGGUUUGUCUUUGGGAUCAUUCCUUGGGAAGCUAUCUUUAUCAAUUUGCUGCCUCAAGAUGUCAAUGGGAUUAGCGUCGUGGUGGAAAGUGACUGCGGUUCCGUCUUUACCUACACUGCCAAUGGAGGAAAGCCAACCACCUCGCAAAUUGGAGAUCGGCAUCAGGCCAAGGAGGUGUACGAAGAAAUGGCGGUCCGGUCUCGAUUCUUUUGGAAGGAUCAUACAGAGGGCCUGUCAAGGCACUGUGACUUUGAUAUUGUGAUUUAUCCAUCGGACGAAUUCCGGGCGGCCUACGAGUCGAGCGAUGCCCUGUUGUAUUCGGGACUGGUCGGUGUCGUCUUUGUCUUUACGGCCAUGCUGUUCUUUUUGUAUGACAAGUAUGUGCAAAAGAGACAAGCCAAGGUCAUGUCACAAGCCAAGAGAGCCGAAGCCAUUGUCACGUCUGUCUUUCCAAAGGAAGUUGGUCUUCGGUUGAUUCAACAGGCCGAACGUGAGGAAGCAGAGAGAGUAUCCAACAAGAAGAUGCUGAACAAUUUCUUGGUGGAAAAGAGCGAAACAUUUGAGAAACCAAACAAGAGACGAAAGCCAAUUGCUGAUUUAUUUCCUGAAACAACCGUCAUGUUUGCCGAUAUUGUGGGUUUCACGGCUUGGUCGUCGAUGCGCGAACCAUCUCAAGUAUUUAUGCUUUUGGAAAGUAUCUACCGCGACUUUGAUAACAUUGCCAACCGACGAAAAGUGUUCAAGGUCGAAACAGUUGGUGAUUGCUAUGUGGCAGUUUGCGGUUUGCCUGAACCACGCAAGGACCAUGUUGUCGUAAUGGCUCGAUUCGCUACUGACUGUGUUGUGAAGAUGGCUGUCCAAGUUCAAGCGCUCGAAGAGGAACUUGGUCCCGAUACUGCGGACCUUGGAAUCCGGGUGGGACUUCACAGUGGGCCUGUGACUGCCGGUGUCCUUCGUGGAGAUCGUGCCCGUUUCCAGCUCUUUGGUGAUACUGUCAACACCUGUGCUCGUAUCGAAAGUACGGGAAAGAAGAACAAGAUUCAUCUUUCCAAGGAAACGGCAGAACUUUUGAUGAAGAGUGGCAAAGGACAUUGGACUACUGCUCGUGGCGAUAAGGUGACGGCGAAGGGCAAAGGGGAACUAGAAACCUUUUGGCUGAAUAAUAUUCGAGGAGCAGAAAACCCAUCUGCCAAAUCUGCCACCGGUGAAUCGGAUGACAACAAACUAUCCAAGAUUCAAGAAAACCAUAAGCCAUCCAAGCCGAUUAUCUCCGCUCAAGCUAAGACCCAGAGUGACAGGAAACUUGAUCGCCUCGUCAAUUGGAAUGUCGACGUUCUCCUUACUCUAUUGAAACAAGUUUGUGUAGAGAGACAUGCUGACGGUAUCAAGCCUGAUCCUUGGGACAGAGUCCAGAAGAUGGAAGAAGAGCUGUCAGUCCCUGUCAAUGAAACUGGCAGGACUGCAUUGGACGAAGUUGUUGAGAUUAUCGAACUACCAAGAUUCAACGCUCGUUCCUCCAGCAGUGUGUCGGUGGAGAUAAAUGACGCAGUGCAGAACCAAUUACGAGAAUACGUCCGAACGAUCGCUACCAUGUACAACGAGAACGCAUUUCACAACUUUGAGCACGCAAGUCACGUCACGAUGUCUGUUCGAAAACUGUUGGGCCGCAUUGUCGCUCCUGAUAUUGAAGGUGAUAAUGCGCGAGAGCUUCACGAUCACACCUAUGGUAUCACCUCGGAUCCUUUGACCCAGUUUGCCGUUGUGUUCUCGGCUCUCCUUCAUGAUGUUGACCAUUUGGGUGUUCCCAAUACUCAGCUAGUCAAAGAGGGCAUUGAUAUUGCCGCCUUGUACCAUAAUAAGAGUGUGGCCGAACAGAACUCUAUCGAUUUGGCUUGGGCUCUGCUGAUGCUUGACCGAUUUGAACUUUUGCGGCAAGCCAUUUACACAACCAAGGCCGAGUUAAAGAGAUUCCGUCAAUUGGUAGUCAACACGAUUCUGGCAACGGAUAUCAUGGAUAAAGAACUGCAGACUAUCCGAAGAGUGCGUUGGGACAAGGCCUUUUCCGAAGCUGCCAACUUUAGGAAUGAUAGCCUCAAGGAUGCCACGAACCGCAAGGCUACGAUUGUGAUAGAGCACUUGAUUCAAGCUUCUGAUGUCGCACACACGAUGCAGCAUUGGCAAGUGUACCGCAAAUGGAACGGUCGGUUAUUCCACGAAAUGUAUCGAGCAUACAGGGAAGGGCGGGCCCAAAAGGACCCAUCCGAAUUCUGGUACCAAGGCGAGAUUGGGUUCUUUGAUUUCUACAUUAUUCCACUUGCAAAGAAGUUGGAAGAGUGUGGUGUGUUUGGUGUUGCCAGUCAUGAAUACUUGAACUACGCCGAGCAGAACCGUAAGGAAUGGGAAGCCAAGGGACAACAGGUUGUGGAUGAAUUGAUGAAGGAAGUCGAGGCACAAGGCUACGAGUCAUCUGCCUCAGGGAAGUCCGCGGACAGCUUUGCAGUGCGGUCAGCCUAG